UGUGCUUUAUACUAAAUUCUCUAUGAAAAACUUCAUGGUACUAAAUUCUUCAUAUGAUUGUUCCUAAAUUGCACACAUUUGGGAAUGAACCAUGUCGUGGAAUGAAUUUAAAGCCUCUAUGAAGAAUGUAUCGGCAGGCGUUUCCCAUGGUUCCGACAGUUUUGAAGGAGAUCAAAGCGGCUCUGUUUCAAGGAUUCAACUCAUUAAACCAACUCAAACAUAUCCAUGGCCGCCUCCUUCGCAGUGGUCUCAACCAAAACAACUAUCUUCUCAACAUGCUUCUUAUAUCAACCUUCAAGUUCAGCAGCCCGAAUUACGCAGAACGCAUAUUUUACCAAACACAAGCCCCAAAUAUAUUUUUGUGGAACACUAUGAUUCGUGGGUUGGUCUCUAAAGAUUGUUUUGACCAGGCUGUUGAAUUUUUUUACUCUAUGCGUGAAGAGGGAUUUUUACCGAAUAAUUUUACUUUUCCGUUUCUGCUGAAAGCCUGCACGAGGCUGUUGGAUAUGGAACUCGGUUCUAAGCUUCAUACUCUCGUGGUGAAAGGGGGUUUCGAUUAUGAUGUCUUCGUGAAGACUGGGUUGGUCUGCCUAUACGCGAAAUGUGGUGGUUUGAAGGAUGCAGAGAAAGUGUUUGAUGAUAUUCCUGAGAAAAAUGUGGUUUCUUGGACUGCAAUAAUAAGUGGAUAUAUUGAAUUUGGGAGAUUUAGAGAAGCCAUUGAUAUGUUUUGGAGGUCAUUGACAACAGGUUUGAGGCCCGAUAGUUUCACACUUGUUCGGGUAUUGUCUGCCUGUAUUCAGUUAGGGGAUUUGAGCGCUGGUGAGUUAAUACAUAAGUAUUGGGCGGAGAGUGGCAUGGGGAGAAAUGUCUUCGUGAGCACUUCUUUGGUCGAUAUGUAUUCUAAACUUGGAAGUAUGGAGAUGGCUCGUGCAGUUUUUGAUGAGAUGCCUGAAAAGGAUAUUGUUUCUUGGAGUUCUAUGAUUCAGGGUUAUGCAGCAAAUGGGCUUCCUAGAGAUGCUUUGGAUCUCUUUUAUCAAAUGCAUCGGGAGAACUUAAGACCGGACUGUUAUGCGAUGGUAGGGGUGCUAUCUGCUUGCGCAAGAUUAGGAGCAUUGGAUGUAGGGGAGUGGGCUAGUAGGUUGAUGGGUAUGAACGAUUUUUUCUCCAAUCCUGUUAUGGGUACAGCAUUGAUUGACAUGUAUGCUAAAUGUGGGAAGAUUGUUUCAGCUUGGGAGGUCUUUCUUCAAAUGAAGAAAAAGGACCUCGUUGUUUGGAAUGCCAUGAUAUCAGGGCUUUCCAUGGGUGGUCAUGUUGGAUCUGCAUUUAGCUGCUUUGCGUUGUUGGAGAAAAAUGGGUUGAGGCCUGAUGGGAACACUUUCCUCAGUCUCCUCUGUGGUUGUAGUCAUGCUGGUCUGGUUGCCGAUGGUCGCAGGUACUUUUAUAGUAUGAACUCGAUUUAUUCUAUAUAUCCUACAAUUGAGCAUCAUGGAUGCAUGGUUGAUCUUCUUGGUCGAGCUGGUUUGUUAGAUGAAGCCCAUUCAUUGAUCCUAAACAUGCCAAUGAAGGCAAAUACUGUGGUUUGGGGAGCUCUGUUAAGUGGAUGUCGUCUACAUCGAGAUACUCAACUAGCUGAGCACGUGCUAAAGCAAUUGAUUGAAUUAGAACCGUGGAACUCUGGGAACUAUGUUCUUUUAUCAAAUAUUUAUUCAGCUAAUCACAAAUGGGCAGAUUCUGAGAAAAUCAGAGCACUUAUGAAUGGGAAAGGGAUUCAGAAAGUACCUGCUUACAGUUGGAUAGAAUUAGAUGGAGUUGUUCAUGAGUUUCUUGUGGGAGAUACUUCUCAUCCUAUGUUGGAUAAGAUAUAUGCCAAACUCGGUGAAUUGGACAAGAAGUUAAGAGCAGCAGGCUAUGUUCCAAUUACGGAUUUUGUGCUAUUCGAUGUUGAAGAGGAAGAGAAAGAAUGUGUGCUGGGCUAUCACAGUGAGAAGCUUGCUCUUGCAUUUGGUCUAAUAAGUACUAGACCAAAUGAUGUCAUCCGAAUAACCAAAAAUCUUCGCAUUUGUGGUGAUUGUCAUAUGGCCUUCAAGCUCAUAUCAAAGAUAACUGGUAGAGAAAUUAUUGUGCGGGACACUAACCGUUUCCAUUGUUUUAUUGAUGGAUCAUGUUCAUGCAAUGAUUAUUGGUAGUCUCUAAAACACACCUUGCAUGAGAUGACCUGGUAUCUUUUUAUGUAUUGCAUUUGUGAGCUGUACAAGAGGUCUUCAUGCAAGCAUUCGUGAAUUCUUGCUUGUUAAGCACAGGACAGGGUAAAAGUUUGGAGGUAAUUUUGACAAAGUGUGGGGUGUGAUUGCAGACAGAUGGUGUUAAAGUUGUUUGGCUGGUGGAAAUUCAAUAUAUCUGAUGCAACCCUUGACCUUGAACACAUGCUGCAAAAUCAUGUGACUUUCUGUCGAAAUACUGGUUUACACCAUGCUUUUCAGCACACAUAAUACAAUUCAGGGACUCAGUAAAGCAUUUCGUAAGCUACUUGUUCUUAAUAUAUGGAAAUUUCUUGUGUCAGUAAAAGUGAAUCUUGACACUUGAGAAUUUGGCUUUGCGGGGCUAGAAAUUCUUUCUUUUGUCUAAACAAGUUGUAUAAAGAUUUUGAUGAUCCAUCCUUUUGCUUGACGAUAUCUUAUUUAUGGAUGGUUUGACGGAGAAAAUACGACUUAAUCUAUCAGAAAAGCAGGGAGGUCCACAUAUCUUUGUAGCCAUUGAAAAAGGAAUCUUAAGAUGCUCAAGAAUGAAUUCAAAUUCGCUGGAUGGUGUUCUCUAUGCAGUUGUCAUCCCCAUGAGACCCAAUCAGAUGUUUGAUUUCUAAAUAACUAGCAUAGGUGGCUGCUCUUGAAUCCUUUCCAUUUGAACAAACCCAAUACGCAAGAUGUUCCUUCUCCAGGAGUCCUGGAUUGCUGGUUAGAGUUUUGACAAGUUGGUGGCUUGCAGGCGCGGGAUCUUAAGAUUUCAUGAAUUUGACCAUCACCAUCUGGAAGGACUCAACGCUAAGUCUUCAAGAAGUAAUUUUGGGCUUAAAAUAUGGAGGUAUCUGUCUAAAGUAGCCGACACUAAAGGUGGUAGGAACUAGGAAGUGACUCCAUCUAUAUUUAGAGGCUAAAAUCUUUCAUUUGCUUCUCGGUUUUUUUUUUUUUUUUAAUUUAUUUAACAGCUCUAGUUAUUGAGUGUUUCAGACAUGGCCCAGAAAACUGGCCAGGAUUGAAUUACCUGGAGCAAGAAUAAGGGCUUGAAUGAACGAGAUUAUGAGGCCGGCGAUGUGGAUCAGAGAUUUUGAGGGGUCACUGUAUUUAUAUUAGCCUAAUGUACCGGUAAUGAAUAUAUGAGGUCCGUAGAGACGUGGACGUAUAUUGUACAAUAGUGUCAUUUUUGGAGAUUGAUGAGCGAGACCAGUUAAGGUCCGGUGGAAUAGUAAGCCGGUUGACUUCCAAGACAAGUGUUGCUUGGCCAUAAAAGAACCAAAUAUGAGUGCUCAAC